UCCUCCAAGUCGUCUUUCAUUUAUGAAGGCUCGCCAACUCGAGAGAUCAUUGCCCCUUGGACUACACAAGCGAGCAAAUGCUGUUGAAAGCUGCACCUCGCAUUUUGGAUACCUAUAUGAUGUCAACACCCAGAUGUAUUAACACAAAAGACAUGGCUAAAAUACAUUCACUGGAUGAAAUGGACGAGAGCAGUAUGUACUCCUUCAUGGACAACGAGGGCGAUGUUGAUUUCUACAAUCUCAACACGCCAACUUUGAUGCCAAGUGAAGAUAUUUGGAAGAAAUUCGAGCUGUUGCCCACUCCACCUCGUUCACCAAAACACGAAGUUUCUGACCUUCUCGACUAUGAGUCGACCGAUAUUUCGGACUUCUUGCAGAAUGAGGCAGUCCUCAAACCGCCCAAUUUACCCUUUCCUGAAUCGCCACCACCGUCUAGUUUGUGUUCUAAAUUAAUUCAGGAUUGUAUGUGGUCUGGAAGUCACCAGAUAGGGUUUGAGGUUGAGAAAUCUCCAUCCCCCGGGCCGGACACACGGCAGAACGAGAACGGCCAGACUGAGACCCCAUCUGACUGUGUGGAUCCUGCGGCAGUGUUCCCCUACCCCAUCAGCGAUACCCGACUGACCAACCUUGGAACAGAAACUCCCUCAGACUCUGAGGAAGAGAUUGAUGUUGUAUCUACUGAAGAUGUUCAUGAAUCCAGGAUACCCUCCCCACAACCCCUGUCAAUCAACUUAAAAAAUGUGAAAACAGUAACAGUAACAACAGAAAGUGCUAAACGUGAAUCUAAGUCUGUGCAUGUAGUGAUCGGCUACCCAGAUAUGGAUGUGCAUAACUACAGUUUACCUCAUUCAUACAAAAGGACUCGAUCAUCUCCAGGUCAAACACACAUUGCACCAAAGCGGAUUAAACGUGAAUUGAGUGAACCAGACUUCAAAAAAGUGUGUCAAAAACUGAAGGCAAGUAGUAGAUCUUGCAGUAGAAACAAUUCAGAUUCCGAGGAAGGUGGUGAAGGCAAAAGGACUCAGCAUAAUGUGCUUGAACGGAAACGCAGAAAUGACUUAAAAUACAGCUUCUUCUCUUUAAGAGACAAUGUACCAGAGUUAAGAGAAAAAGAGAAAGCCCCCAAAGUGCUCAUUUUGAAAAAGUCUGCAGAUUUUAUUUACGAGUUACGGAGACAAGAGGCAUCUCUUUCCAAGGAAGUGACAUUGUUGAAAGAAAGACAUGAAAAAUUGAGAAGGACGUUAUCAGCUUUGAGACAAUAAAUUUGUUGGACUUAAAUACUUGUUGGUUCAUUAUACUGCCAUGGUUGGAGUACAUCCUGGGCAGGAUCAUUGUGCGUGCUGUGUUCAGGCGGCUGUUGUUGUAGGUUGUUAAACCUAAUGUGAUGGAAUUUAUUACGAGUGUUGCAUUUGUUGGCUUUACUGUUGUACAUAUGUAUCUAUAAGUAGCAUUUAUUUUAUACCAGUCUGAAGGUCCCGGGCUAUUGUGUGUUCUUUUGCUUGGAGAGGAAAGGGCAUUUCUCAUGUAUCAUGCAUUCUUUGUUUUGUAUAAAAUCUUUAAAAACUCACUGAAAGAAAUAAAAUGAAAAAUCUUUUUUUCCAAACACA